AUGCCCGCCAUCCAAGGAAAAUCUGCAGCGAAAGUCCUUGUGUCUGGAGCGAACGGAUACAUCGCGAUCUGGGUUGUUCGGACUCUCCUGGAGCGAGGAUACUCUGUGAGAGGCACCGUUCGUUCGGCGGAGAAGGGGAGACAUCUACUCGACAUAUUCAAGGGAUACGGGGAUAAGAUUGAGGUUGUCGUCGUGGAGGAUAUCACCACAGAAGGCGCGUUCGAUGAGGCUGUCAAGGGCGUCGACGCGAUUGCUCACACGGCGUCUCCCUUCCACUUGAAGGCUGUUGAUCCUCAAGAACUUAUCGGACCAGCAGUGAAAGGCACUGUAGGAAUGCUGGCUAGUGCGCUCAAGAAUGGCUCCUCUGUUCAACGUAUCGUUGUAACUUCAUCAUGCGCAGCUAUUCUUCACGUAUCGCCUGAGCCCAAGGUUUUCUCCGAAGUCGACUGGAACGAGCAAUCUAUCAAGGAAGUCGGGGAGCAAGGCAAGGAUGCCUCUGGAAUAGCGAAAUAUCGUGCUUCGAAGACUUUGGCCGAGAGAGCGGCCUGGGACUUCUACAAGAAGCACAAACAUGAGAUCCAGUGGGAUCUUGCCGUUAUUAACCCUCCAUUUGUCUUUGGCCCUUUCAUCCACGACUCCCCGAGCAUAGACUCCCUCAACGAAUCAGCUCGAGUAUGGUACAGCACCGUCGCCAAGGCCGAUGCAGGUGGCAGGUCUCCCGAGUUCCUCGCUACCCAAGGAUCCUGCUGGAUAGACGUGCGCGAUCUCGCGGAGGGCCACACGCGCGCCAUGGAGACCCCUGCUGCAGGAGAUGAGCGGAUCAUUAUAUCUGUGGGACCGUUCGUAUGGCAGGAUUGGAUUGAUACAGCGAACGCGCUCUCGCCGAGCCCCAUACCAUCGCACACGCUUCCGAAAGGUGUUCCGGAUGGCGGGAAGGGGGCCAAGCAUGCUGUGUAUUAUGAUACUGCGAAGGAGAAGAAGAUUUUUGGACUGAAACUUAGGACGAUGGAAGAGACCGCAAGGGACACUUUGGCGGAUUUUGAGAGGAGAGGAUGGUAAGAUAGUGAAAGCGAGAAGAAAAUAUGGCUGAGAAACAGCUGUAUGUUUCCCCAUGUAGUUGGUUGACUUUGAAUGUCGUAUAUCAGACGAACAUAUAGCAGUUCCGAGUACCUCUUAGCCACUGCGGCGGGAGAAAGUAUGAUUUGUUGUGGGCCCGAGUUGUAGCAGGG